ACCGUGACCACAAUGACCACCACCCUCCCACGUGCAACCUCACCUUCAUUUAGGAGAUAGAAAGGACGGCUCUCCCACCUGCAGCAGUGCUCUGCAGGCUUCGACUCCCCCUCCGAUGAUAUGAGAUGACUACCGGCUCCAGCAUUCGCGCUGGAGUCUCUCCCUCCCCCCGCAAUGAGGACCCAGAGACCGCGACCCAGCCAAAGAAGGGCAACGCCGCGACUGGAGUGCAAGCCGCCGGUAUACGCGCCAUCACGGCUCGAGCUGUAGCUUUCUAUUUCCGCGCGCCAGUAAAGGCCUUCUUUCGUGGUCGCAUCGACUACCUAGGCUAUGCCAGGGCUAUCAAUCCCCAUGUGCAGGCUGAGUUGGGAUGGUCAUGGAGAAUGACGACUCCAGCUCUUCUGGCUCAUGCAGUCAGGGCCGAGGGGUGGAGCUUCAUUCCGAACCAGGUGCUGCCGCCGCUAAUGGCAAAUACUUUUAUCGGCGCGGUGCUCUAUACGGCAUAUCUCCAAAGUCUCUCCUCUCUUCAUGCACCUUCUUCGCACCACAUUAAACGCUCUUAUCCCCCUCCAUCCAUUUCCACUACCCUCUCCGCAGGCUUCAUAGCCGGAGGUGUACAAUCGCUCCUGGCCGCCCCCUUCGAUGCCCUCCAAGUCCGCUUCCGCACCGCCGACAUCCUCGAGGGCAAAUAUAAGACAAUGUGGCACUAUGCGGGUCACAAGCUACAUUCCAUUGGCGUCCGCGGCAUUUUCGCGGGCUGGACGCUGAGUUUAGUCAAAGACUCUUUCGGCGCCGCCGUAUUUUUCAGCACCUUCGAAACCAUCAAAAGCCAGGCCUACUACGAGUUCAUAACAAAAUACUACGGAAGCCGCACGCGCGACACCUUGCUGGAGUCUGCCGCCCAUUACCGCGACGAUAUGGAUGGCCGGCCAGUGAUAAAACCUCAUUACACCAUCGAGCCUGCUUUUCUCCUUCUAGCGGGCAUAUCUGCUUCUAUCACUUCGCAACUGGUCCAACACCCGCUCACUGAAUUACAAACCGUGCACUACCGUCGUCUUGAAGCGCUGGACUACCAAGCACACGACGAAAAGAAGCCCAGUCGUAUCAUGCAGCGGUACUACCAUGCAUAUGAAGAAACUUUCCGACAGUGCAAGAAACUCGCGAAAAGAGCGGGGGGUUGGAGACGCUAUCUCUACCGUGAUUUCUUCUUGAAUACGAUUCGGCAGGUACCGAGUACGAGUGCUGGAUUGAUUGUUUUUGAGCUUGUGAGAAGAAAGUACGCGUUUGAGAAUGAGGAAGUUACUAUCAGUAAGGAAGGGUUUGAGAUUCUGUUGACUUGAUGGCGAGAAGGUGAGGAGGGUGUAUGAUCACUGUUGAUGAUACCCAGGGCAUAGCUUAGAGGAUUGUACAUAUAUAGACGCAAGUCCUACAUGAUCAUAUUCGGCGCGGAUAGGUUACACAGUCGGUGGACUCACUUCAACCUUCUAUCAGUGUAAUAUAGACGCACAUUUCCCUC